GCACAGAGAGGCGCGGAGGCUCGGAGAGAGGAGACGUGGAGGGAGGGAGGGAGCCUGGACAGCGGCGGACACGGCAUCGCGCGCCGGGAGGAGUGCAGCGCGCACCAGGUGCAGAGUGCCAGGCACCGACGGGGGCAGCCCGGGUGGUCGCCGGCCGUCCAUGCACAGAGCACCCUCCCCAACAGCCGAGCAGCCGCCGGGCGGAGGGGACAGCGCCCGCCGGACCCCGCAGCCCAGACUCAAGCCCAGUGCCCAAACCAUGGCACUGCCUCGGACGCUGGGGGAGCUGCAGCUGUACCGGGUCCUGCAGCGUGCCAACCUCCUUUCCUACUACGAGACCUUCAUCCAGCAGGGAGGGGACGACGUGCAGCAGCUGUGCGAGGCGGGUGAGGAGGAGUUCCUGGAGAUCAUGGCCCUCGUGGGCAUGGCCACCAAGCCCCUCCAUGUCCGACGCCUGCAGAAGGCCCUGAGAGAGUGGGCCACCAAUCCGGGGCUCUUCAGCCAGCCAGUGCCUGCCGUGCCCGUCUCUAGCAUCCCGCUCUUCAAGAUCUCUGAGACUGCGGGUACCCGGAAAGGGAGCGUGAGCAAUGGGCAUGGCAGCCCAGGGGAAAAGGCGGGCAGUGCCCGCAGUUUUAGCCCUAAGAGUCCCCUGGAACUUGGGGAGAAGCUGUCACCACUGCCAGGGGGUCCUGGGGCUGGGGACCCCCGGAUCUGGCCAGGCCGGAGCACUCCAGAGUCAGACACUGGGGCAGGAGGAGAAGAGGAGGCUGGUUCGCCACCCUUCUCCCCACCUGCAGGGGGAGGAGUCCCUGAGGGAACUGGGGCUGGGGGUCUGGCAGCAGGUGGGACUGCGGUUGGUCCAGACCGACUGGAGCCAGAGAUGGUACGCAUGGUGGUGGAGAGUGUGGACAGGAUCUUCCGGAGCUUUCCAAGGGGGGAUGCUGGGGAGGUAACGUCCCUGCUGAAGCUGAAUAAGAAGCUGGCGCGGAGUGUGGGGCACAUCUUUGAGAUGGAUGAUAACGAUAGCCAGAAGGAAGAGGAGAUCCGCAAGUACAGCAUCAUCUACGGCCGCUUCGAUUCCAAACGGCGGGAGGGCAAGCAGCUCAGCCUGCAUGAGCUGACUAUCAAUGAGGCCGCUGCCCAGUUCUGCAUGAGGGACAACACGCUCUUACUGCGGAGGGUGGAGCUCUUCUCUCUGUCCCGCCAAGUGGCCCGCGAGAGCACCUACCUGUCCUCCUUGAAGGGCUCCAGGCACCACCCUGAAGAAUUGGGAGGCCCCCCACUGAAGAAGCUGAAACAGGAGGUUGGAGAACAGAGUCACCCUGAAAUCCAGCAGCCUCCCCCAGGUCCUGAGUCCUACGCACCCCCAUACCGCCCCAGCCUGGAGGAAGACAGUGCCAGCCUGUCUGGGGAGAGUCUGGAUGGCCACUUGCAGGCUGUGGGGUCGUGCCCAAGGCUGACGCCGCCCCCUGCUGACCUGCCUCUGGCAUUGCCAGCCCAUGGGCUGUGGAGCCGCCACAUCCUGCAGCAGACACUGAUGGACGAGGGGCUGCGGCUCGCCCGCCUCGUCUCCCACGACCGCGUGGGCCGCCUCAGCCCCUGUGUGCCUGCGAAGCCGCCUCUCGCAGAAUUCGAGGAAGGUCUACUGGACCGAUGCCCUGCCCCAGGACCCCAUCCUGCUCUGGUCGAGGGUCGUAGGAGCAGUGUGAAAGUGGAGGCCGAGGCCAGCCGGCAGUGAGAGGUGGACUGGAGUCCUCGGAUCCAGGAUCCUAGACUUCUGGCUCACACAGACCCCUACACUCCUGAUCCCCAGAAUCUAGUCACAGUCCUGGAUCCUUCUGCUGCCCUUCUCCUGCCUCCCCACCUGCUCCAUGGGCAAAAAACUAUGGGGCUUCAAGCAAUAAUGAGCAGGGGCCUGGCGAGAGGACACAAGGAGGGUGCGUGGUGCCCUCUCACCCCUGCCCAGAGCAAGGGGGCAAGGACUCUGCCUCCAGGGCAUUUGGGGUUCUCCCCUCACUUACACAACAUAUUCCCAUUGUCUCUAGGUUUGAACUGGUGGUGUCAGCAGUUGGACUCAGUUUGGACAUGGGGGAAAAGGGGGACUUCCCUGGGAAGGUCCAGCAUCUAAAAAUGCAAAUGUUUUCCCCUGGAACUGGGGGCUUGAGAACACUGGACCUGCUCCUUCUCCCUUCCCCUUCCCCAUUUUUGUGCUUCUAGUUUGUUUUGUUAAUUUAACAAGUGCUGCAGUUUGCCCACCCAUCCCGAUCUCUUCCCCGAGUCCUCAGCAAGCCUUUCCCUCCUGCUCUCUCUUGCAGGGGUGGGGUGGAUGUGGGAUCUCCUUCAAGCUUCGGCCCCCUCGGGAGGCCUGGGUUGGUCUCAGGGUCUCCCCAGCUGGGGGCCAGGCCACAGCACCUAUCUGAGCAGUUAUAGAGCAUCUUUCUUUUCAGAUUGUGUACAGUAGAUUAUUUAUUUUGUUAUUUUGGAAUAAAAUUUAUUUUAUGGCUUAGGA